AUGCAGCUGCGGACACUCCACCGAGCCGGUCUGCUGCUAUCCGUACUCCCCUCUACCUGGGCAGGUUCUGGCUGGGGAUUUGACGAUGCUACGGUCGAAAUUACACCAAAGAGUCAAGGGAUUGGAGAGGGGUUGAGAAAGAGAUUAUCGGAGAAUACACCGCUAUCGCAACCGCUUUCAUUUGGAGAUUCAGAUAUCCUCAAGCUUAGCUUGACGACUCAGGAAGACCAUUCUGCCAAGAGACCACACCAGGCCUUUUUAUUAUUAGAAGAUCUCGAUACAGGACUUGACCUAUCUUACCCUUUAAAUGCGAGAGAAAGCGGAAAGGCAAGACUGGAGUUGGCACAAAAGGACCUCCCUACGCAGUUCUUCCAGUCCUCGAAACCCAUCGAAGCUAGAUUCGUGAUCGCCUCGUUCGGCUCAGCGAAGGGAUAUGAUGACCCUGUCUUCCGGUUGGAUAUUACCCGCGAUGCCUCUGUCAGCGAGCAGCCGCUCCCCCCCAGAUAUGGCAAGCUCAAGGAAAUCCACCAUAUCUUCAAGGCCGAUCCCAAGAGCCCUCCUCUCAUCGUAACUCUGGUGUUUGUGAUCGCGGUACUGGCUGCGUUUCCGGUGCUUGCAGGUUUGUGGGUCUACCUGGGCGUAAACUUGAACCACCUCCAGCUCGCACUCGAAUCGUCACCUGUCCCACAUAUGUUGUUUCUCGGUUCCAUUGUUGGGCUGGAGGGUAUAUUCUUCCUAUAUUAUACCUCAUGGAAUCUUUUUCAAACCCUCCCCGCCGCACUGGCGGUGGGUGCAGUUGCCAUCAUUAGUGGCAGUCGCGCAUUGAGCGAAGUCCAAGAGAGACGUCUGGCAGGAUUGCGCUAA